AACGAAUCAAGCAUCGAUACAAGGCUUGACUGAAAAUCGUUUCGUUUUUGUUGACACACGCCUCGAAGCUUUGGUGUCACGGCUAACAUCACUACAAAUGAGUGAAAAAUCUUGACGAUACAGUUCGGGAAACAGAUCGUGGAGAUGUCUGAGAACGUUAGUGUCUCUCAAAGAAACACGUGAUCUAGAAACAUGUGGAUCCAAAAAGAAGGAAAUGGCAAAGUCAGCCGGGUUAUUCGCAUGGGAACAAGGAAGAGCCAGCUGGCUCGCAUUCAAACAGACAGUGUGGCCGGCAGACUGAAAGAGCUUUAUCCAGACGUUCAUCUAGAGAUAGUUGCCAUGUCGACAAUUGGGGACGAAAUCCUGGACACUGCAUUAUCAAAGAUUGGUGAAAAGAGCCUCUUUACCAAAGAGCUGGAGAAUGCCCUUGAGAGAAAUGAAGUGGACAUUGUGGUGCACUCUCUUAAGGAUUUACCUACCUCAUUGCCCCCUGGAUUCACUAUUGGAGCCAUUCUACAGAGGGAAAAUCCCCAUGAUGCAGUGGUGCUUCAUCCAAAGAAUGCUGGACUUAUCCUCGACAGCUUGCCAGAGAAGAGUGUGAUUGGCACAAGUUCACUUCGCAGAGCAGCUCAGCUAAAGAAACGAUUCCCUCAACUGGAGUUUGAAAAUAUUAGAGGGAACCUAAACACCCGUCUGAAGAAGCUGGAUGAAAAGGACGACUAUGCUGCCAUUAUUCUGGCCGCAGCAGGCCUCAAACGUAUGGGCUGGGAAAGCCGAAUCAGUCAGAUUCUGGACCCUGAAGAUUGCAUGUAUGCAGUUGGCCAGGGAGCACUGGCAGUGGAAGUCAGAGCACAAGAUAAAGACAUUCUGGAAAUGGUGUCUGUCCUGCACCAUCCAGACACAGUGCUGCGGUGCAUCUCAGAAAGAGCUUUUCUCAAAGAGCUGGAAGGAGGCUGCAGCGUGCCUGUUGCCGUUCAUACAGAAGUGAAAGGGUCCAUGCUGUAUUUCACUGGAGCAGUUUAUAGUUUGGAUGGAGCUGAUUGCUUGAAGGACACUAUGCAGACGGUUGUGGAAAUAGACAACAAAGUGAAUGAGAGUGCACAGGAGUGUGUACAUGUUGGAGUCACUGCCAACAAUGUAUCAUCAUCAGCCCUCGAAGCUGCUGAGAAACUGGGGAUGGAUCUGGCAAAUGCUCUCCUUAAUAAGGGGGCCAAAGACAUUCUCACAACAGCCAGGCAACUAAAUGAUGCUCAAUAGUGGAUUUUUUUACAUUUUGUGCAUUGGAAUAUUAGGCUAGAACUUUUGACAUGCUUGUUAACUUGGAUGAACCGUACACUCAACCAUAUGCUCUAUAGCCGAAUCUCCAGAGCUUAAAUACAAGCUUUAUUGGCUGUAUAUAUCAGUGUAUUUAAAAACAACCAACAGGUUACUUAAGAUACUAUACCUCAGUGCCUCAGUUUAACAAUGUGAUGGCACCAAUUUUUCUCUUGGCUUCUGGUUCGUACACAAGACACUGACAUUUGUACUGUUUUGACUGCCAUCGAGAUGAUGGAGAGUCUCGAUGGCAGUCGAGGAGUGCCAUCGAGACAACUAGGAGACCUCUCAGGCACAGGAUUCUGGAAGAGAAUUCAUGCUGAUAGUCUUCCACUUCAAAUGAUGUCAGACUACCUUCUUUAUCUAUGAACCACUUGAAAAUGAGGUGACCAAAAUGGCAACCUUUUACAUCUGGCCAUGAUUUUAAUCAUGAAUUGAGUAUAUUUUAUCUUUAUGUACCUCUCACAAAAUGGCUUUUUUACAAUUUUUAUUUAACCGCAUAUCCUCAGUCUUAAAAAUAUGAUGCCUUUUUAUCAAUGCAGAAUAUUAAUUAACCAGAAUGAGUUACUGACAAAAUGGAUAAUCUAAAAAAAUGUAGGUUAUAAAAUUUUAUAUUUAGAAUAUACACUAUAUAGUUUUAAUACCACAAUGUGCCUUUGAAAUGCGAUUAAAUUACCCAAAUUAUUUGACCUGCAAUGUUCGUUUCUACAAUUAUAUCAAUAAAAGUAUUAAAACCCACCG